CGGGGGCACAAGACCCCCCAAGAGGGCCCCGAGAGGGCCCUUGGGGGGACCCAGUACAGCUCAAGCGAGCCCCCCGAAUCCACAUUGGCUCAAGAAUCAAGCCGCAAGAGGCGCCAGAUCCGCAGCCCCCCUCGCCGGGCCGCGCAUGACUGAGCCGCCCAAAAAAGUCCAGCAGACCGAGGGCGGCUUCACUGCCGCCUAUCGUAAUGCCGCUGCUGCAGGCUCGGCGCAGGUCUCCGAUAGCAAGUCGGGCCUCAGCAUCGACCACCGCAUGACCUUCAGAGACCCCUCCAUGCCGCUGCGCGAACGCAUCGCGGCACGCAUCGCCAGCAGUGUGCAGGGUAUUGACAACCCCAGCUGCAUCGACGUAGCCUGUUCAACUGGCACCGAUCUUGGCCUCCUGGCCAGAGCUUUGGGCGACAAGCCAGCCCAGCUGCACGGCGUAGAUUUGAUGGAGGCGACGCUUCAAGUUGCGCGAGAGAAGCUCCCGGCCGCGAGUUUUGUUCAGGGAGACGUGGUGGCGUUGCCUUAUCCAGAUGUGCACUUCGACUCGGUCCAAACGUCGAGGCUUUUGGUUCAUGUACCAGAUCUGAAAAAGGCCAUCGACGAGAUGAUUCGUGUGUUGAAGCCCAGGGGCACGUGUGUCAUUAGCGAAGGGGAAAUGGAGAAAGCUAGCGUGAUGUUGAGUAACGAUGAUCGCUUGCUGAGGGUCAGCGAGGCGCUCCGGGAUCAUGUCGCAAAGAUGUGCGCAAAUCCUCGGGCAGCGUCAGAGGCAUAUCGGUACAUCUUAAGCCAUGCCGACGCGCAGGAUGUCUGUAUCGAGCCUUUCUCGUUCUUCCUUAAGAAGCCGGGCGACAUGAUGGGACCCGAGUUGACGCACGAGAGACAGUUUCUGGCUAAGCUCGUUUCCGAGGGCGCUUUAUCCCAGGCAGACGCAGACCACUACAUCGCUCAGGCUACUGGUCGAUCCGCGGAGGAGGGCAAUCUCCUUCAGCUGUUUUUUAUGGCGGAAAUUUCUUUUCGCAAGAAGUAGCGCGUCUGUUGCCUUUAACCAUCGGCCCAUCCAGAUAUCGUACCUUAGGCAUGGCACGUGUGAUAAAGGAGUAUUUGGACGAGCCAGAGUUUGAGGACACAUUGCAAGGUGCAGUUGUUUUUGCUUACGCGAGCACGCAAACAAAAAA